AAUUCGAUUACGAAGUUUUCACUUUUUAUAUUUGUUUAGGGCAUUACUUGAAGCUAGUCAUUAACACCUCAAUUACCAAAAAUGUUGACAUCGCGCUUAAAUCUCUGGCCGCGUCUUCAGUUACUGCGCAGGUGCUCUACGACAACAGUGGGUCAACAUAAGGAAGCGGCACUUGAAAUGCACGAUCCAUUACAGGCGCAUGCAUUGAAAGAGCAAUGCAUUUUGGUAGAUGAGAACGACAAGGCCAUUGGAGCUGCGACCAAGGCGGACUGUCAUCGUGUACAUCCCGGAUCAAAUGAAGUUAAACUACAUCGAGCCUUUAGUGUUUUCUUGUUCAACAGUAAAGGCGAAAUGCUUGUGCAGCGUCGCUCCGUGCACAAGAUCACCUUCCCAGACACCUAUACAAACGCUUGCUGCAGCCAUCCUCUGCACGACAUAGACCAGGAGCGCCAGGAACCAAAUCAACUGGGAAUACGCUUGGCGGCCCAGCGGCGUCUUAACUAUGAACUUGGCAUACCAACUCAUGAAAUUCAACCCGAGAACUUUCAUUAUCUGACCAGAAUUCAUUAUGCCAACACUGGCGACGGCAUCUGGGGAGAACAUGAAAUUGACUAUAUACUCUUUCUGCAAAAGGAUGUCACGCUAAAACCAAAUGCCAAUGAGGUCAGCGAAGUGCGCUAUUUGAAACGCGAUGAAAUUGAUGAUGCUGUAUCCAAAUUUAAUGCACCAAUGACCCCUUGGUUUGCAUUAAUAUUACGUCAUCGCCUCAAACAAUGGUGGGACAAUUUACAUAGACUGCAUCAGUUUGAAGAUUUGCAAAAAAUUCAACGGUUUUAGGAGAUUACAAUACAAAUGAAGUACGCUUUGUGUUGGGCGUAACAGCAAACCAAAAAUAUUUGUG